CUCGAUGCCUCCAUCCGCGCGCCGCAUCGCAGCUCGCACCACUCUCGCCGAUGCCUCGCAAGCUGCUUGGGAGUGCGGCCAGCAGCAGCAGCCUCGCCCCUGUUCGAUGCGCUGUGGCGUCGCCUGCUGUGCCCCAGCAGCGGGCAGCACACGUGGCAGCGACCAGGAAGCGUGGCGCUGCCAGACGUGCCCCCCUGACCGACGCGUCGAGCAGCGCCAGCCGCCUUGUCCGCGUCCGCGCCUCGGGCAUCUCCUAUGCUCAGGGCGAUCAGAUGCCCCUGCAUGGUCAUGCCUCGCCGUCGGCCUGCCUGCUUCCUUCUCGGUGCCGACAGCGAGCCUCGGUGAUGAGGCGCGUUGCGGCUGCGGAGCCGAAUCGCAGCUCAUCUCGCACGCAUGAGCGGCGUCUUCCCUUUUUUGUCGCGCUGCAGCGGCGGACAGCGGAUGCAUCGGGGACGGCCGACUCGGAGCGACACGGAGGGCUGGCAAGCACCGCAGCGCACCGCAGAGCACCCAGCAGGCCGUCAGCAGGUCCAGGCAGCACGGCGCUCCCUCGGUGCGAGCGUCUUUCAGCCGCCUCAUUGCGCUCGCAGCACCGCUUCAAGGCCCGGCGAGCGGCACGCCCACAGCAGCAUCGAGGACGAUCCGAAUGGAGUUCACUCGGUGCCGUCGCUUGCGGGCCAGGCACCCGCACCCUGCACCCACGGGGCCGCCGUCGUCGAGGCGAGCUAGGCGGAUUCGUCAGCGCGGCUCAAGCAAAGCGGCGGGGCGACACUCUAUCAAGUCGCCUUGCUUCGCCUCGUCGCCUGCCUGUCGCCGCAUCAAGCUCAAAGCACUUGCGCCGUCAUCGCUGACGGCCUGCCCAUGACGCGUAUCUCUGCGCUGCCGGGCCGCUGAUGAUGGGAGCAUGACGAGUUUGCGAGAGUGCGAUGGGCGACGCUGGACGAGUGACGGGCAGGCAGGCUGCAGUGCAUGUCCAAGGACGCCCUCAGGGAUGCGCCCGCCGCGCGGGUGCAAAACAAGGCACCGCCGCCAGGACGCCGUAGCACGGGUCUGCGAUCACUCUAUCGACCCGUCGCUCGAUGACGCUGUCGGCGUGCUGUGCACCUGCGGCUGCGAACAACACCUGUUGCUCUCGGUGCGCUGACUGAGCUGUUGGCUCCGAAAUCUUGAGCGCGUCGAAUAGUCGGACGAGCGGACCCUCGCUUGCUCAGAGGCAGA